AUGGCGAGCCAACAGCAGCACGCGCAUGACGCCGCCUUUACACUGAGAGGUCACCCAAAACCUCUACAGUUCAGUAUCGUUACUUUCAAUCUACUGGCUCCGUGUUACGCUGUGCGUCCGCCAGCGCUCUGUGAGCGUUCUCAGAACAGCGGGUGCAGUGGAGGGAGCCCGGAGUGGUCGCAGCCGCAACGCUGGCAGCAGAGAGCAGAAAGAACGUGCACGUUCCUCGCGGACGGCACUUGCACAGUCCAACAGCGCGAGGAUGGCAUUCGUGAGCAACCAAAACUCAUAGGAGACAUCAUUUGUCUCCAAGAGUACCUGUUCGAACCUGCGUAUGAGGAGAUCUUUCAAACGCGGUUUCCCGCGGAGACCUUUCGCUGGAUCAAAGCGAAGCGUCCUGGUAGCAAACGAGACGGUCUGGCGGUAUUUUUUCGGCGCACAGACUUUCAUGUAGAAAAGUGGCGAUGCUUCACUUUGACCCCACUCGGUGACCGUAUCGGCCUGCUGGUGCACCUUCGACCCACGUGGGCCCCGCAUAUGCAUCUUCUUGUCCUGAAUGUACAUCUGACGUAUCCACAUCAUAUCUGGGACAACGCUCUGCGGAAGCACCAGGUUCGAACUGUGCAUCAUAUGACGGCACAGGCUCGUGAGGAGAUUCCUCCUUGCCAUCGAGUCGUUGUGCUCUGUGGCGACUGGAAUACCCUCGGUGCUGAGGAUCCCGUUCUUCGCUACCUGGAGUCCAAUAUGUACGUCCGCUGCCGCUUACCUCAGCGCUCUGUGACGCACCUGACGCACGACGGUAAGCAGAUCUGUUGCGAUCAUGUUUUUUUGGACUGGGCCUCGGAGAAGAUCUUUCAAAGUGCUCAGUUAUUGCCGCCUGAAUUGGAAGCGGAUCAGUGGCCGGAUAUUGAGCGCUAUGAUCUGUCGGAUCAUCGUCCGGUGCGCGUUCUGCUCAGACUCGAGACAGAGCGCAGUGCGUUGUGA